AUGCAUUCAAACAGAAGCACUAAUGACUCUUAUCAUAGCGAUUCUUCAUUGAAAAGACCUACAAAGGAAAAAAUAACUGCAAGAAAAGCAUUUAAAGUAAAAAAAAUUAAGAGAAGUCAUACUUUUUGCAAAUCUGAAGUUCCUAAUGAAUUUAAAAGCAAACUUGAAAGAAUAAGAAAGAGAAAAAAUACGAUGCAUUUUGAAGUUACUCCACAAUUAGCUUCACAAGUAGUUAAAGAGUAUAUCAUUCCUAUGUUUGAAGCAGAUUACAAAGCAAAAAACAUUGUAAAUCGAUCAAUCUCAUAUGGCAGAAAUAAAUCAUUGAAGAAAUCAAAUUUCAAGCUCAGCGAUAUUUUAUCAAAAGAGCUUGAAAGUAUGAAAUUAGAAACUAAAUUUGUAGAAGAAAACUACAGCAAAGCUAUAAUUGAUACAACUGCUAUUAAAAAUGAAUUAAAUGAGCUUAAGCAAAAUCUGUUAGAAAAGAGAAGCUUGUUAGAAUCAAUGAAAUAUCAGUAUAAUGAAGGAAUAAAACAAAAAAAACUCGAGUUUUUGAAUUUAUCCUUAAUAAAUCAAGAAACAGCUAAAAAUAGACAACUUUUGAGUGAAAUUGAAAAAUUAAGGACUAAAAAUGGUGAAGAUCUUGUGGGAGAGAAAAACGUAAAUGAAGAGUUGAAAAAUACAUCGAAGCAGAUGCAGCAUUGAAAUUCAGUUUAUAAGAUGUCAAAUGAUGUCAUGGGAGAAACAUUAAAAGGACUGUAUCAAGCUUCUUCAGAAUUUACUAACGAAAUAUUGUUUAAAAAAUCUUUAGAAAAUUUGGCUUUGAAAAAUAAGCAAGAUUUUGAAAUGCUUGAAGAAUUGGAAUAUGAAAUUAUUAAUGAGCUGCCAUUUAUUUUGACUGAAAAUGAAUUCUUCAGUUCAGAAAAUACUACAAAGUCAACGUUGAAAGAAAGCCUAAUGCAAGAUAUUAGAAGACUUAAGCAAGCAGCAGCAGACAACAUUGAAAGCAUCAAAAAUAAGCUAAAAGAUACGGUUGAUCAAAACACUGAUUUAAGCCAAAAAUGCUUAGAAAUGGAAAAGAAAACUGAAGUUCUAAUACUUUCUACAUAAAUUAUUUAUUUAAUUUAAUUAUUGUAUUGCUUUAAAAAAAAAUUUUUGUUUCAUUGUUAUGAAGUAAGAGAAGAAUACAAUAAAUUGGCCGAAAAAUUCAGAGAACUCCAACCAAAACAAAAAAUCUUCGGGCAAAAUGGAAUUUCCAUCUUGCAAGAUGGAAAUCCAUUUUGGCUCAGCAACAGCAAAAAAAUCCCACUCGGGCAAAAUGAAGAAAAGUUAUGUAAGAGAUGCAACUCAAUUUACACUGAAAAAGAAAACUUUAAUUGGUCAUGUGUUAUUCACAAGAGUGAGUGGACUAACAAAAUAUAUUGAUGCUGUGGAGCUACGAAAAAAGAAUCUGUCGGCUGCGUCAAAACUAAGCAUAUUUCUAAAGAAGAAGCUGAAAAUUUUGAACUAAUUACUCCUCAAGGAGACAAUAAAGAUAAACUUUUCUGCACUAGCUGCAGAACAAAUGGUCAUAGCCUAAAUAGUUGUCCUAAAGAUCCAAAUCCAAAUAGUUUUUCUGACAGAAAAAGCGAACAAAUAAGGACAAGAAAUUCCAUCAGAAAAAGAACGAAAAUUGGACAAUUAAAUUUCGAUUCAAGUGCUCGAAUUUUAAAUUCAUUAAAAUACAGAAAUAAAAGCGCAAAUAAAGAAAACUCCUUUAGAGAGAUUUCAAGCCUGAGGAAUGCUGUCAAAAUGGAUAGCUCUUAUAAUAGAGUUUUAAUUGAUGAUAUCCUAUUAGAGGAAAAUAAAAGAUCGCCUAUUCGGUCAAGGACUACAAAGGAGGAUACAAUGGAGAUUGAUACAAAAUGCAAAAUGACACAUUUGGAUGAGAAUUUUUCAAGGAAUUUCAUAGAAAUGUAUAAAUUAUAA